GAGUAUAAAUAAUUUUCGCAUAACUGCGUAUGGACAUUAGUGUGAAUUGAGAAGACAUUAACGCACGCAUUGCCGCUGUUCGUAGCAUAAAGAAGCCAUUGAAUUGUUAUUUUUCGGCCGUAUAGAUCCAACGCGAAUUUAACGUCAUGAAAGUUCUAUUUGCUGUCGCGCUCUUGAUUGCAGUUGCUUCGGCGAUGCCGCAAUUCGGGUUUGGCGGCUAUGGACGCCCUGGUUUCGGCGGUCCUGGCUUUGGUGGAGGCUACGGCCGUCCUCCCUAUGGAGGUGGCUUCGGUCCUGGAUUUGGUGGUGGCGGCUUUGGAGGCCCAGGAUUUGGUGGACCCGGAUUUGGUGGACCCGGAUUUGGUGGACCCGGAUUUGGAGGCCCAGGAUUUGGAGGCCCAAAAUUUGGUAGACCAGGAUUCGGAGGUUCCGGAUUUGGUGGUGGCGGUGGAGCUUCCUCCUCGUCUUCUUCAAGUGCCAGCUCGUCGGCUGGCGGUGGUUUUGGUGGUAACGCUGCUUCUUCUUCCGCGUCAUCUUCUGCUUCGGCCGGAGGUUUUAGGGGCUAAUUGUCAGAGAGUAGAAUUUAGUUUUAAAUUGAAUAUUUUGUAAGACAGUUUAAUUAAAAUGUAUGCAAGUGUGUGAGAAGGCUGAUAAAAAGUACAUGAAUGUAUUGAUUUUUUUAGUAAAAAAAGCUUUAAA